UGUGUGUGUCUGGGAGAGACACUUCCUUGUAUGAGGAGGUGUAACCUGCAUUAGUCUAUAAAGAGGUGCAGCCAGACUGUCUGAGAAACCUGCUUCCUUCAGCCUCUGUAUCGUCACAUUCACAGGGCUCUGCUAGGUUUCAUACUUCUGGAUUUUUCCUGAGGACUUUCUGCUCACAUUUGAACCUGGGUGACUCCUCCUUGGAUAAUCACGGCUGGAGCGAUGCCGUACACUGACCUGAUUCGAGACUGGCACGCAGCCGUGCAGGCGGUGGAUGAGAAGGACUGGGUCUCAGCGCUGAGUCUCCUGGAGAACAUCUCGGAGCCCACCUCCAAAAUCUUCUUCACUGCCGCCUCAGUGCACCUCGUCCUGGGGCAGCUGGAGCCAGCCAUCAAGGCGCUGGACAGGACGAUCACGAAGGACGAGCGCCUGGCUGUGGGCUUCUUCCAGAGGGGUGCGGUCCACAUGCUGGCGGGAUGGUUGGAGGAGGCUCUCUCUGACUGCUUCCUGGCUCUGAAGCACCUCCGAGGGAACUCUGUGAUCGACUACAGGCAGCUGGGACUGCGCUACAAACUGCACAACUGGCAGGUGCUGUAUAACGUGGCGGCGGUGCACACGCGUCUCGGCCAAUGGGACAAGGCCCUGGACUCUCUGGAGAAGGCGGCAGGGCUGACUGGAGAGAGCCGGGGCAUCGGGGUGGAGCAGGCUGUGGUCCAGGUCAAGUGUCGCAUGUUGCUGGAGCCUCUGAUGGUUCCGAAGGGGGAGGUCUUUCGUCCCCGCAAACAGGACGUGGAGCAGCUCAUCCAGAGGGACUUCCUGGGGAAACCCAAGGUGAUUUCCUCGAUAAUCCCACAUGAUGACUUUGCUGGGUUUGAGCCUCUCAGACCGCAGAGACCAGGAUUUUACGAACCCAAGGGCGACAGAGUUGAGGCCUCUCGGUACUGUCGGGUCUGCUCCAGUCUCUCUCCCCGGGGUCCCGGCGAGCUGGAGGUGCAGGAGGGGGAGGUGGUCUUCGUGCUGGACAGUGGGAAGGAUGGCUGGGCAGUGGUCAUCCAUGACGGGAAGAAAGGUCUGUUUCCCACCUCCAGACUGGAGCCUGUGGACGUCACGAAGACCAAGAAAGAGAAGGCAAGUCCCUUCCCAAACGGGAUCCCUCUGCCCCCGGACCUCAAGCCCCCGACACGCCCACAGACCCGAUUCAACCUGGAGCUGCCCAAACUGGGGAGCCGCAGAUCCUCACUUUCAGACUGCAGUGUUCAGACCCCCCUCUCCAGUGAGCACAGACCCUCACUGCCCGGCACCCCUGACCUGUCCCAACCAGUGAGCCCCUUCAAGAGUGAGCUCCCAGCAGGGGGCAGCGCUGCCGAGGACAGUGCCCAGGACUCUGUGAUCGUGAAGGUCCAUUACACCUACACCGUGGUUAUGAGAGUCAGCCCGGAGAUCUCCUACUGCCAGCUGCAGGCUGGGAUCGGAGAGAAGCUGCAGCAGCAGACCACCGGACACCUGCAGCUCAGGUGCCAGGACAGUCAGGCGCUGAAGCCGAUCGCGGGCGACGCUGGGCUCAGGGCCCUGUGGGAGAGGGCAGAGGGGGGCAGGACCACCGUGUGGUGCCAGUAUGAGGACCCCUUGGCUGGCAGACCCAUUCUGUACCAGGUGGUGGCGAUGUAUGACUAUGAAUCCCAGGGGCCAGAGGACCUGGAGUUCAGUAAAGGCGACACCAUUGACAUCCUGUCUGAAGUGAACAAUGAGUGGCUCGAAGGUCACACAGCUGGAAACAUUGGCAUCUUUCCCAGAUGUUUCAUCUACCAGGAUACAGAUAUGCCCAGCAGCAUCCCAAAAAGCAUGCCCACCUGAGUGAUGACCCUCCCAGCUAAACCCUACAUUACAGAACCUGGGCAAUGACAAACAAGCAGGGGGCUAAAGCAAGUUUCACUUUCGUCCAGUACAUUCGGUAUGAUUCCAGUGAUGCUCGUGUGGGAGUUCGGGUUCGUGCACACCACGCUCCCCCAUAUACUCCAAAGCUAAAACUUCCAUUUGUUACUAACAAUGAAAUGUCAUAUAUCUCUGACCAUCAUCUAUUAACUGUUAAUCAAGAGCCACGAUACACUAACCGUCACUGUCUUCAUAGUGUUAUGUGAUUUUUCUAGAUGUUAAACUUUUAGCCUUCAGUACUAAAUGCUGCUUUUUUUUCGUUUCAUGACCUGAUUAUAAUGUUAUUGUAUACAAAUGGGUUUGUUAAUUUGCUUUUUAAAGUCUGUUUUGAUUAAAUAAAUCUGCAUA